AUGGCUGACAGUACAGAAAGUGAAACCGAAGCAGAAAGUGAAACGAAUGAUGAAAACGAAGUUCAAACGAGUCUCCCAACGACUUCUAAGUCUUCUUGUCGAAAGUUUACUGGAGCUGCAAGAUAUAAAUCGACUUUUCAGAACGAAUGGACCGUCAAAUAUAAAACAUUUCUUCGUCAAGUCCACGGUAAUAUACAUGCCUUUUAUUGUAAUGUUUGCAAGAAAGAAGUGAGUGUGAAACAUCAGGGAGAGAGAGAUGUAAUUAGGCACAAGGACGGGGAAGACCAUAAAAGGUGGGAGAGGAGCUUAAGAAAUCAACCUAUAUUAAAUUUAGCUACCAGUAGCACAAACACUUUGCUGUUUAAUACAUCAAAGGCAGAAGUUUUGGCAGCUAAGUUUAUUGUAGAACAUAACUUACCCAUCAGUGUGUCUGACCACUUGGGUCCACUAUUCAGGCAGAUGUUUCCUGAUAGUACUAUUGCAAAGAACUAUGCUUCAGCUCACACAAAGACAAAUUGUAUAAUUAAUGAUGCCAUAGCUCCACCAAUGCAGCAAGAACUGGUAUCACAGAUGAAGAAUGGGCCAUUUUCUUUGGCAAUUGAUGGAUCCAGUGACAAUGAUUUGGAGAAGAUGAAUCCACUUACUGUACGUUUAUUUGACAUUAACACUCACAAAGUAGAAGGUCGAUUUCUGGAUAUGUGUUCAGCAACUGCAUCCACUGCUCAAGCCAUUUAUGACAAGAUGAAUGAAGUUCUAAAUAAACAUGAUAUACCUUGGGAUUACUGUGUUGGAAUGUCUGUAGACAAUACAUCUGUGAACGUUGGAAGGCACAACUCCAUAAAAACAAGGGUAGAGGAUGCUAAUGAUACAGUGUAUUUCAUGGGUUGCCCUUGUCAUAUUUUACACAACACAGCUUUUUAUGGAGGUAAGGCAUUUGAAGAGAUAGUGAACUUCUCUGCUGAUGAUUUGUGUGUUGACAUUUUCUACUGGUUUGAACACUCUUCUAAGAGAAAGAACCUUCUAUCGGACUUCUGUGACUUUUGUGAUGUUCAAUACAGACAGGUCAUUAAACAUGUAAGCACAAGAUGGCUUAGCUUGGAAUCUGCAGUGGAGCGUGUUUUGAAGCAGUACAGCCCUCUCAAAUCCUACUUUUUGUCGAAUGCAGAGCAGCAAGCAAGAUUCAAGAGAUUGAAAAAGUUAUUCCAAGACCCAAUGACAGAAAUUUACCUGUAUUUCUACCAAGCUGUGCUACCCAGUUUUACGUGUUUUAACCAACUGUUGCAGAGGUCGGAUCCAUGUAUUUUCCUGGUCUAUGAAGGCUGUUGGAGUAUUUAUAAAAAGAUCCUCGGCAAGUUGCUUAAGGUUGACAAAUUGGAAGCAUGCUUAAAAGAUACCACAGGUGAUUUAAUGUGUGUCUUAGAAAACCAGAGAAGUGAUAAAGAUCUUUUUGUCGGCAUUACAACAAGAAUGCAACUUAACAAGUGUCUUGCAGAUGGUGACAUUUCUGACCAACAAGCUAAAAAGUUCUACACUGCUGUACGCCAAUUUUAUAUUGCAGCAGCCAAGUAUAUGUUGAAAAAUCUUCCAUUAGGUGAUGAAACAUUGAAGAAUGCACAAUUUGUCAACUGGGAGAAGAGAGUCUCUGGCAGUUUUGAACAAGUCGCAAAGGUAAGUCUCUACUUCAAUUACCAAUAA